AUGUCUUCCAGACCACCUCUGAUACCCGAACAAUACCUCGAUAUCCCCUCACAGGCACGUUCCAUUUUCCAUGCUCAUACCAGACAGGCUGUAACGUAUGCACAGAGGCUGUAUUUGCUCAGCCUCGGCUUCCUGUGCCAGGCAGUGAAGGCAUUCGACUUCUUGUGGUACUUGACAUCCUCCCCAGAUUCGCUGUCCCUUUUUCGAAAAUGGCUACUGUUUGAUGUUGCAUAUUGCCUGGCACUGACGCGCUUACGAAUACCCCGGCUGAACUACAAUCGUACCGUCGUCUUUCUGCAAUUACUGCUCAUCGUCGUCUUUGACGGGCUGAUGUUUGGUGGAAUCACGGUCAAUCUGGGGGGUGGGAGCAGGGAAUCUGGGGUGGGAAACUCAAACUUACCGGACACGUUGAGCAUGGUUGGAAUGCUGUCCAUGCUGUCUUUUGGACUGCUCGGUCCUGAAACCUUCGAGUCUAGAGACUCGCAUCUGCUCGGGCAGCACACGAUUCGGAUGUCUCCCAUCAGCACUGCGCGACUGAAUCCACAAAGCUCGACAUUUUGUCUAGCGCAACCUGGAGACUUCGUGCUCAUUCCUGUCCUGCUCAACAACACGGACAUUUCGAGCUUGAAAUAUAGUUUGACGCCUCUUGGGUUCGACCCAGAGAAGGGGACCGACAAGGUCGAGAAGUUGUCGCUGUCUCUGAAAGAACUCAAAUCCAUCGAACAAGCACGCCUGGAGGCGACGCGACCAUCAGCUAUUGCGCGCCGAGAUCAGGAAGAGGAUUACGACGAGUACGCAGAUGAUGACGGGGACACUGCUGAUGACUCUAGCUCGGCCUCAUCGCUGCAGAAAACGCAGUCCGUUGUCCACAUCAAACUUUCCAAAUACGGAACCGUUCGGCUGGAGCAGGUCAUGGAUUCUUCGAACGUAGAGGCCCGGCUAGGAUACUCUGCCGAGGCAACUGUUGUUCCCUGUCCACAGGUUCGGUUCCUCAAGGACACUAGUCCCGAGGUCCGAUGCGCGGGACAAAACCAGGAAACCGAGCUUAUGAUCGAAAUCCGGGGAGUGCCGCCACUGAGCCUUCGUUGGUUUAAGGUCCACAACGAGAGACCGGAGCACUUUAUCGUGGAGGGUAUUGAUUCGGACCUGAGCAAGGGAACCGGGAAGGGCAUCGUACAAAAGGGGAAGCCGCAGACGCUCAAGGUCCCGCUCUCUAUCUCCCUUGCGGCUGCCGGACGUUAUCUCUAUGCUCUCGAGGAGAUCGUCGAUGCACUGGGUAACAUCGUACGUUUAGAGAUCCCGAAUCUCGACCCAUCUGCCCCCAGCACGUCCACGACGCGUUCUUUCAAUGUCUUGAGGCGGCCUUCGGUGUCGUUCAAGCACUGCCGUCCGGGCUCUCCGGCUUCGCUUCUAAUUGGAUCACAAGCGCAACUCUCAAUUUCGACCAAUGAUGCGGAUUCGUUGGACGCGCCUUGGGACGUGUCGCUUUACUUCAAGCCAACGUCGGAAGAUAAGAAAGUGCAUCCUUGGAAGAAGACCAUCUCGACUGAGGGGGGACGCCGGGAUGUGGACGUGACCGCAACCGUACCUGGAGAGUACAUCAUUCAGGGCGUGAAAGGCAAAUGGUGUGAAGGCGAUGUAUUGUCUCCCGAUACGUGCACUGUUAUCGAAAAGCCCAAGCCGGCGGUCGAGAUCGAAUGGCAAAAGAUCCACGAAUGUUCUGGUGAAACAGGAGUAUCUGCCGAUUUGACUCUCCACGGAACUCCUCCGUUCAUCGUCUACUACACUGUCCAGCGAGACUCGGAACCUCCCGUCGAACAAAGGCCCGAGCAGAUCGCCACUUCUCGCGGGAAACUCUCGAUCCAACCUGCCCAGGCUGGUCGCUACACUUUUACCGUCUCGCAGGUCAGCGACGCCAAUUAUCGCAGAGUCCCGGUCAACGGCCCGAGCAUUGUACAAGCCAUCCACCCGCUUGCAUCUGCGUCGUUGAUUGGGCCAAACAGACGGACUCUGAGCAGCUGCGCUGGGAACAUGGUCGAUGUCGAUGUUGAGCUAGGUGGUACCGGGCCUUGGGCAUUGGACGUUCGAGUUAUCACUCCGAAAGGAUCGGAGACUCUCCAGAUUCGGGAUAUCCUGACAGCCAAGAAAAAGUUGCAAAUCCCGGUGCCUGAUGAAAUCGACCGAGUUGGCGGGACCUUCGACGUCGAUCUGGUUAGUGUGGAGGAUGUCUACGAAUGUAAGAAACCUGUGACGGCUUCGAGAGUUUCGUACAGCGUGCGGCGCGUCAAGCCCACAGCUCGAUUCUAUGGAGACAGUGUGACCAUCUUGGAGGAAGAGAAGGCCACCCUGCCUUUACGACUCACAGGAGAUGGGCCUUGGCGACUGAAAUAUCGUCGCGACGAAAGCGGCCAGUUGCAGUCAGCCAUGCUGCGCAGCGCGAACGAUGCUUUGACCGUCACUGAAGCCGGCUUGUACCGAAUCCUCGAAGUAUCCGACUCUCAAUGUCCCGGCUUCGUCGAAGAAGAAUCGUCUACUUUCCAUGUCAAUUGGGUGCCUCGUCCCUCCGCAAAGUUGUCUGCCGAUACAUCAGCAGCUGCGAGAUAUGAAUCGUACAACGGCUCGCACAUCCUAGCUCCGAUCUGCGAAAAUAUGGAUGGGCAUAUCGAUCUUGACUUGACUGGGAGACCGCCGUUCCAAAUCAUGUAUAACAUUGCGCAGGACAACCAGAACGGCGGAACCAAGCUGCUUGGUCAGCCGACCUUCAGCAGCAUCCAGCCGAGGACACGGUUUGAGUUGCAGACUUCGAGCCCCGGGAGGAUAUACUACGAGGUCAAGCAGAUCGGGGAUGCAUCUUAUCCUCUUGCAAAGCACAAAAACGCUAUAAUCCCUCGCUCGCAGCGACUGCUUUUCGAACAACAGGUCAACAUGCGACCGGCUGCGCGUUUCAGAACAAGGAACCGCAUGUCUUACUGUUUGAAUGAUGUGUUCAUUGCCCAAGACCCGGUCUCGCUUGAUGGACUCGUCUUACUCGAAGGCUCGCCUCCCUUCCGACUCGAGUUGUCCGUCAAAAACUUCGGCACAAGCCAUGUCGAGCACGUGACUAUGGAGACAUACGACUCCUCUUUCAAGCUGAACCUGCCAUCGUAUGAGUUCAAAUCUGUUGGACCACAUCUUGUGGUGAUCGAAUCGGUCUCUGACGCGUCCAACUGUCCGCAAGCACCUCUCGAUCCACUUUACAGCUCAGUUUGGGUGGACGUGGCUGAGACCGCAGCAAUCAUCCCACUUGACCGCAGGGAGCAUUACUGUGUUGGGGAAGUCUCCACCUUCCAGCUCGAAGGUCUUUCGCCGUGGACAAUCUGGUACACGAUGAAUGGCAAGUCCCACUCGCAAGAAGUAAAGUCCUCGCCAUUCUCGAUGGUCCAACAACAACCCGGAGAGUUUGCGAUCAAUUCCAUUGCCCAUCAACAAAACAUGUGCAAGGCGGUGGUCACAGACUUGCGCAUCCAGGUUCACCCGCUGCCAUCGGCGCAAGUCGGACAUGGAAAACGAGUAUAUCAAGAUAUCCACGAGGGCGAUCAGGCCGAGAUCUUGUUCACCCUCGUCGGAGAACCUCCCUUCACGUUCACCUAUCAGCGCGCAGAGCCCAGCCAGAAAAAGGGCGGCAAGGCAGGCAAAGUCCUCGAAACGCACACCGUCUCGAAGGUGAUGAACCAUGAGUAUUCCAUCUUCUCGGCAAUGGAAGGAACCUGGACAAUCACAUCGAUCGCAGACCGGUAUUGCAGGUAUCCUCAGAUCCAGACAGAUCACAAUCCUGAAAAACAAAGGCGGUAGCCGCCCCUUACGACGCUUGUAAUAUUAUCUAUCUCAAUUUUGCAUCGCAUGGUUUUUGCAUGA